UGUGUCUUGAUCCAGGAUUGAAAGGGUGAAAGUGCAGAGGGAGAGAGGAAAGUGAGGGAGGGGGAGGCAGACUCAGAGAGGAAGGACAAGAGAGGGGGGGGGGAUCUUGUUUUGCUCUGUCCUAGUUAUGGGAAGUACAGUAUGAACUAAGCUGAAGACACUGAGCUGAGUGACACAACCCAGCGACAAAAGUACCAGUCUACAGGCCAUACAGGGGGAGGCCAGGGGCGAGCAGAAAACUUGCUGCGGCAAAACAGGUGACCACGGUUGGAGAGCGAACGAGUCAACAGUGGUGGACUACCUGGGGUCCACCGUUUACGGCAACACCCUAGAGAUGUCUCAUGAUAUAGGCUGUGAGGACCCCACAGUACGCAGCCCCUCACAACAUACAGUCUAUGUCCUGGUGGGUUCCAGCGCAGACAGCAUUCAGCUGCUGAGCCUGAGUCCCAUUCUUCCGGAAUCUGGCAUUGUCGCUGACAUCGACAUUGAGACGGCCCUAGAGCCCAGCAAGGAGCAGUUCUACCAGUUGAAGAGCCAGCCAAUCCCCGCCAGUCAGACGCCAGUGUCCUCUCCUCAGACUCCGCUACAGACCUCCAGUGUCAUGUCUUCGCGGGUUCUCCUCCGGCAGCAGCUGAUGCGCGCUCAGGCCCAGGAGCAGGAACGGAGAGAGCAGGAACAGAAGGCCACACAGCUCUUGUCGGAGCGUGGCAAUGUCCCACCAGCUACACCAGCCAUCAGUGUGACUCAGCCAACUCGGUCCACUCCAGCGCAGGUGCCGCUGGAGGUGCUAAAGGUACAGACCCACCUGGAGAACCCAACAAAGUACCAUAUCCAGGAGUCACAGAGGCAGCAGGUCAAGCAGUACCUUUCCACCACCCUCGGAACCAAAAUGCCCAUACAUGCAUCUGCUCCAAGCACCACCACCUCAGCCCCCCCUGUGACCGGGGUCUCUCCUCAGACAGGACAGGCGCGUCUUCCAUCGGCCAGCAGCGCUCCCAACAGCCCCCUGGCCCAGCUGAAAAUUGGCUCCAACUCAGAGAAGGAGAUUAGUGAUGUCAUCGAUGAGAUCAUAAGUUUGGAAUCCAGCUACAAUGAUGAAAUGAUGGGAUUUGUGGACAGUGCGAACCUACCUAGCACACUUCCAGGAUCAGGAAAUCUCCUUGAUAUGUUCUGCACUCCAGGAAUGUCCGCUCCCGGUAUCACUGUUAGCAACUCCUGUCCAGCCGACCUGACAAACAUUAAAACUGAAUAUUUAGAACAUGACACAAAAACACUGAUGAAAGAGCGUCAGAAGAAGGACAAUCAUAACUUAAUUGAACGCCGGCGAAGAUUUAAUAUCAACGACAGGAUUAAAGAGCUUGGGACCCUCAUCCCAAAAUCCAGUGACCCGGAGCUGCGCUGGAAUAAGGGCACCAUCUUAAAGGCGUCUGUUGAGUACAUCAGGAAGCUGCAGAAGGAGCAGCAGCGAGUGCGUGACCUAGAGGGACGCCAGCGCAAACUAGAGCAUGUAAACCAGAGCUUGCUCCUGCGUGUACAGGAAUUGGAGAUGCAGGCUCAGCUAAAUGGAUUUCCAGGCAAUCACCCAGCUAUGAUCCCCACAGAUGUUGUCAAAACAGCAACUGCAUCUGGAGUUGUGUCUGCCUUUGGGGCUCUGACCACCCAACAACAACUUCUGGACCCCUCCACCCUAGAUUUUGGAACACUGCACUUCGCAGAUCACCUGAGUGACUUGGUUGAUCAUGGCCUGGGUUUUGAUUUGAGUUUGACUGGAGAUUCGGCCAUUGCAGAUAUACUUAUGGACGAUGCUCUGUCGCCAUUGGGAGGAGCUGAUCCCCUCCUCUCUUCCGUCUCUCCAGGAGCCUCCAAGACCAGCAGCCGUCACAGUAGCUUUAGUAUGGAAGACGAUUCUUGAUUAGGCACAAUGUGACCCUCAACCAAUGAACUGCUGCAGCAUCUUCUGUUUUAAGACUGUACCAACUGACGGCAAUUCCCUCACCAGAGUGACAUAUUCAUGGUUCCCAGCUGACUUCUAGAGCUGAACUUUGGUCACACAACUGAGUGCCGGAUUUCACCCCAAGAAAAAACUAAAUAGGCGUUGCUUGUUUUGCAGGGGCCUUGACUGUUAAGUAGGGUGGAGGGAUUAAUAGAAACUGCUUGUAGAGAAACUAUUAACAGAUACUUAGAGAAUACCUAUUCUUAUAACUUUGAUACUUAGAAAGCCAGUUUAUAUUGAACCCCCCAGGCCAGUGAUCGGACUACUGUGAAGUGUGACUGAGCUUGAAGUGUGAGAUUCAGUAUGGCGUUGGAUAAUGAGCACUGGCUAAGGUUAAGUCUCAAAAGAGAUAUAAUUGGUGUCCUGUGGUCAACAGCAGGUGAGAUGAGCAAAAUGGUGUCUCCAGUGAGAGUGUGAGGUUCACAAGAUAGUUCCAGAUAGUGAAAAAUCAAAGACUCUUAAAGCAGAACUAAACCUAUUGCUUUAACUGUUUAUCAAAACAGUUACAUUCAAGGCAUGCCUUGAAUGAUAACUGUCACAUUAACUUGUGUUUUCAACUGAACUGUGAAGCCAUCGAAUGGCUGAUGCCAUUACUGAUCACAUGUGCAGCACAAUGGCAACUGCAGUUUAAACAGAGGUUAAGCAAGAUCUCAAGCAUGGGACUCGAACCCACAAUCCCUGUCUUAGGAGGCCAGUGCAUUAUCCAUUGGGCCACUGGGGCUUGCUGGUGACCUAAGAAAAUUCAAAUAAACAGAGGCUAAGAUGGCAGCUUCCAUGGCUGUAAAUGCAAGAAGUUUAGUUCUGCUUUAAGAAGUAGAGACAGAACAAGAUUGAUGCAUAUCAUAGCAUGGGAUGCUAAGACAAAUGUUGUUAUGUAGCAAACAACGACCUAGACUGGUGAAUGAGCAAAAUGCAUGCUACACAAGAUGGAGUCAGACAGAAAGCAGUGUAAAUGUGCUAAAUAAAAUAGCGUCUGGUAGAAA